UGAAAAUGUUAACCGUUAACAUUCAAUAGUGUGGGUAGUUCAUAUAGCAUGAGAAACGAAGUAACGUGAAAUGUUAAGACCGGAUGAUGCAUCGUCUAGCUUCGUGAUAGAUAUUCGGAUAACACGUUUAGUUUCAUGCUAUAUUUUGGAAUAACGAUCAGCGUCGAGUGGAAAGAAAGAAAUAACGAUAUUUGUAAGAUGCUAAUUACUGAACCACGUGUCGUGUUGAUAGUUGCUGGGAAAAAGCAGUCGUUGUAUUAGAUGUUAAAAUAUUGACGUGAAGUAAAACGCGUGCCACAGUUUCUUGAUUGGAGAGUUGUUAUAUACAGACGUGUGCAAUUUUUGGGAAUCAUUUGAACUGCUAUUCUUGUCUUGGAAGUCUAUGCAGGCACUUCAGUGCGUCACACGUGUUCGAUUUUGUUGCAUAUAGAUUUCUGUUCCUGCAAUUGUUCAGUGUACUUGUUUAUGGUUAUAUUUUGCAUUCAUCUGUGAUACUUGUAACUUGGAAAGUAUGUGUGUUUUUACGUAUACCUUAAAUAUCUUCGAACGUGCAGCAACAAAAUUGGGUAGCAUAUUGUAAUGGAAGCUUGUUUUUAGGCAAAAAAAUUGUCAGUUGUAAAAAUGCCACUCUUACACAAAAAUUGGAAAAUCUUACCCAGAGGACUAACUGCUAACAGUUACUACUGAAGUGAAUGAAAAUUCCUGUGCAUUGGAAAUAAUUAUCAGGAUUUCCUUCCAGCAGGCCUGGAUAGUGUGCCACUAGCGGCAUGCCUCGUGGGAGAAGGCCUGCUGCAUUGACUAAUAAUGGGACCCGAAAUAUCAGCACACCAGAAGCGAAACUGGGUGAGCAGCAUUAUGUUGAUAUCACAACUGCAGAAGAGGUGACAGUUGUUACACCAACUUCAUAUCAUCUGCUUGAUCAUGAAUAUGGUCAGACGCCACAGAACCAGAUAAUAAGGUGCCCUGCAGUUCCACCACCAAGGAGUGAGAAUGUUAAACGGCGCUUAAAUCUGGAAACAUCACCAGCAAGUGAUGCUGGUUUCAAGACUCCUCGCUCCAAAACUCGUUUGAGGACAGCAUCCAGCUCAAGUUCUUGCUCAUAUGGAAGUCCAAUACCAAAAGGGAAAAAUGUAGAACGAACGCGGUAUGAUACAUCCCUUGGCCUACUAACAAAAAAAUUCUUAAAUUUACUCCAGUCUUCACCAAAUGGUGUUGUUGAUCUCAAUAAAGCAUCAGAAUCUUUGGAUGUCCAGAAGAGGAGGAUAUAUGACAUCACUAAUGUGCUUGAAGGCAUUGGAAUUCUGGAAAAGAAGUCAAAAAACAACAUACAAUGGAGAGGUGGCAGUAUGGUUGGCAGUUCGGGGCUGUCAUCUGCAAGUAAACUGCAGUGUGAUAUAGAAGACUUGGAAGCCAAAGAAAAUGAUCUUGAUGCACUAAUACAAAAUGCUGAGGCCAAUCUUCGCCAAAUGAGUGAAAAUAAACGUUACGCUUACAUCACAUACCAAGAUUUAAGGAGCAUUGCAGAAUACCGCCAACAAAUGGUGAUGGCUAUCAAAGCUCCGCCAGAAGCAAAACUUGAAGUACCAUCGGCAAGUGAGGGCUUGACAAUGCAUAUGAAGAGCCAGCAUGGUGAAAUUGAGGUUUUCCUUUGUCCAGAAGAACCAGCACCUCAACCCACUCCUGAGCCUGUAGCCUCAUGUAGUGCUGGGGAAUUUGGUCUUGGUCUUGACAGUCUGGAACUGUCAGAAGAUUUUGUAAUUAAGGAAGAAGAUCCAAUAGGAAGGGAAUGUGACGAAGACAUAUUACCAGGUCCCAGCAGCCUUGGUCCUCUUAUGGGAGGCAAGCAGUCAGAUCCACAUCUUCCUACAGCUGCAGAACCAGAUACCAUGCUGGACAUGGGAUUUUCGUCAUAUUGCGAGCCUUUCCUGUCGCUGGAGCCUCCACUGUCUGAUGCAGACUAUAACUUCAGUUUGGAUGUGGAUGAGGGCCUUAUGGAUCUCUUUGAUUUUUCUUAAAACCAGAAGUGCCCUUCUUUGUGAGAUGCUGUGUUACUUACAUAUAUGGGUAUCAUUCCUGUACAUAAAUUGUAUUGUCUAAUGCAUUCUGUGAAUCAUACUAUAUUCAAAGUGCUGUAGAUGUAACAAAUCAUGUAACUGUAACGUUGCACUGGCAUGCUGAAACACUAUUUUUGCACGACCAGUCUUGCCCAUUUCUAGCAGUUAAAAGGAGAGAUCUUUCAUACAGAAGUGAUUGUUUAAUCUGGGAAACACCAAAGAAAUUCUUAAUUUUACCAGUGUACAAAAGAAAGGAGAUUACUCCAUAAUUUCCCUUUAUUGCAAUGAACUUCAUUGUAAAAUUACUGCGAUUUUUUAUUAUUAUUAUUUCCUUGGCCCUCUAAAGGGUAAUCUGUGCAUCAGUGUUGUGGAUUUGUGGAUAACAAUAUCAGUCUCACAGAAAGUACUGUUAUUUAUGUGACAUGAGGUUGUUGUGCUUAUUGUUGAAUGUUUUUUCUGGAACAUUACAUGUGUGCUGUUCUGAUGGGAGAAAUGUUGGCAUUGAAACAUUUAUUUUUUACAUAAUUGCAGUGUUAAUAAUGUAACUUUUAAUCUUACCUGUGCCAUUAUUUUUUAAAGAAAAAAAAAGUGAGUAACCUUUGUGGUCAGGGAUAAAUUAUAAUACGUUUUGUAAAUUAUGUACCGUAAUACUAAAUAUUUAGGUUUAAUUUAUAAGCAUAGUUAAUUUAUUUUGCACAGAAAAAUUCAAAUCUAUCUCAUGAGUCUUCUAUAUAAAGUUAAAGCAUCAUUUUUAAUAUCGGGAAGUGGAUCAAGUACAGUAAAUACUACUACUACUAUAAAUUUGACUAUUCUUAAUUACUUGUUUUUCACUAUGAACUUUGCUGUUCCAGUUGAAAUGAAAUACUCCAAGUACAUAAUGAAUUGGAGGUUCUUUAUUUGAUGUUAUGAUUUUAAAAAGUGUGUUACUGUGGAAGGUGAAGCGAUCAGAACAAUUUAUUGGCAGUUGUUCUGUCAUCUAGGCUGUGCAAAAUGUAUCCAUUGUGUUGCACCAAAUGUCUUUAAAUGCCAUGAUUGUAGUUGACCUGGAAUGAAAUAUUUUUAUGUUAUUUAUGAGUGUGCAUCCUGUAUUAUAGCUUAACAAACUGCACUGUACAUCAGCUAAUAAUAGGCUGUUUUUUGUAUGUAACUAUUUUUUAUUUUCCCCCUGUCAUUUGCCUUUUAUCAGCAUUCCUUCUCCUUGGUCCUAUCAUGUUGCACAUUUCAUUGUAUUUUGUAAUUGCCUCAAGUUUAUCUGGAGAUUCAGCCCACAUGAUGUUGCACUUAUUUGUGUGAUUUGAACUAUUAUAUAUGUUUGUUAUAGUGUGAUUUUAUUUUCUAUUGUUCGUGAUAUAAUAUCCAAUAAUAUUCUUAUACAAAAAGAUCUUUUACUUUUGAAAAUAAAAGAACUUAUAUUUCUAUUUA